UCUGCGGAGCGACACGAGGCCGCGGCCGGAGAGAGCUCGUUCCACAGGGCGGGACGUCCCUGGACUCCUCCCGGUGGCCCCCACCGUCAGAAGGAGAACAAACACACAGGUGAGAACGUCUCACUGAUGAUGUCCGUGUCCGGCUGGUCCCGUCCCUCUCCCCACAGACGACACACCAGGGCGAAGAUGAUCUCCUGGAUCCCGCUGCUCGUCGUCCUGACCUCCUGUGUCUGUGUGACACCGAGCGUCUAUCAGGCCGAGGAGGACGACAUGGUCACACUGGAAUGGAGGUUCCCAGGUGAAGCCGUCGGCCCCCGUGACUUCCUGUACAUCUUCUGCGAUCUGGUUGUCGACAACAGAGACUCGAAGGUCCUGUAUCACCUACGCGAGGGCGUCGAGGUCCGAGUCCAGUGUGACAACGACGCCGUGGGACAAGGACGACUCCGACUCAGUGUGUCCAGAGUCCGGACCGAGGACUCGGGCCUGUACCUGUGUGAAGUCAGCACAAAAAGUUUUGGGGACGGCGACAAAUGUCGACUCUUUGUCACUGCAGCUCCCGACGAGCCCAGACCUGAGACGCGGACAGCGAGGCCACAACCAGAGUGUCUGAGAAGGAUCCGCUUGUACCUCACACUGGGACUGACGGCGUCAAUGGGAGUGACAGCGGCUGCCGUGGCCGCUCUGGUGUUCAGACUCUGGCCUCGCUCUCGUUCUGCUGAGACGACGACGGAGAGCAGACUUCUCCCCGAGGCUUCAUCCUUUGACCCCGAUGUGCUGCUCCUGCCCCCUGCCACCUCACAUCUGACCAGCCCCACCGUUAUUUCAGAACAACAUGGUGACUGAUGACUGGACUUCCUCAGGACGGCCUUUGAAUGUAUGUCCUGGUGCAGCCAGGUGAAUCUUUGGGGUUUUGGGGGAGAGGGUGGGGACAUCCGGUGGUUUCAGCUUUGGGACGAAGCAACGGGACGAGACACUUUGCAAGAAAUGACCACGGGCCGACAGUAAGUUGUAGGUCGACCGAUGCUGCCACACGUUGCUUCGUACUGUUUUUGUGCACGAAAUAAUACGCUUACGUUAAAUGAACAAACUUUGACAGAAUCCAUGAAGUCAUUUUAAAUCCACGUGUGAGUACAAUGUUACACAGCUCACGAGUUCUCUGUCCAAAGAUGACGUUUGAUUCACUUUUUUGAAAUAAUAAAAAACUUUUCGAACUGUA